GCCUCCACAUAAACAAAGGCACAUUGCAGCUCGAGCCCGGCGCAUCAGUCGCGCGAAUACUGUCAAACGCGGACAUCACGGAAACCCUUACAAGUAGCGGAGUAGGACUACGCGUGUUACUUUUUACUUUUUAAUUUUUUUUUGGACAAGGGAAACAAUACAUUAUAUUUCUUCUAAUUGUUGUUAUGUCGAUAGAACCUCAGACUUAAAAGUGAUUAUUAUAAUCCAGAAAAAAAUAUAUAGGCAAUAUAUUUCACCGGAACAGCCAAUGCGCAGGAUAUUUUAAGGAGGUUCAAAACACAUGUAAAGACGGAACCACUACAGCAAUCAAUUUAGCCCUAGAAGAGAGCACUAGACAACUUUUCGUCCUUCGUGAGAACGCGGUGACCUGUUGAACACUUGGAGCCGAGCGGUGCGUCUCAGAAACGGGACCUCGUUGUGCGCUGUCGUUGGCAGCAGAUGGAUGGCUCUGAAUCCCAAUUUAAUUUGCGAAAGGCGCUGGUUCGGAAGAGCGCCACCAGCCCAGCUCCGACCCACGAGUACCGGACACAUCCUCUGAGGCGUCUGCCGAUACCCGAACCAUCUCCCGUAUCACUAACAAACCCACCACAAUUCAGCGAGCAAAACUCACGCGAGAUCUAUGGCAUUGAAGCGAUGAGCAAACACGCGCACUUAUGGGAACAACUGCAUUUUGUCCAUCUAAAAUGCACUCCCCGAGAAAUGCCUUGUGUACAGGCUCAGUAUGGCCCUGCUCCUCCGGGGUCCAGCUACUCCUCCCAGUCCGUCGGUUACCACGGAGACUACGGCUCGGACCUCAUGAACCCUGACUAUGCCAAGCUGGAGUUGGGCGCUGGAGAGAUCUCGGCGGCGGCCACCACGUCUCUCCCCAGCUUCAACGUGUUUGUGGAGAGCAGCUACGACCCGCCCAAGCCCUCCUGCCUGUACCAGCUGCCCAUGGCGCGGUCCACUAUCAAGAAGGAGGACGACCCGUACCCUGCCGGCCCGGCCCUCUCCAUGGGCCAGAACGACGACGCGCUGGCCGGCAGCUCCAUGUACUUCAAGCAGUCACCGCCCUCCACCCCGCCCACCCCACUCCCGCCCGGCCCACCAGGAGGCGCCUUCCUGUGGGAGGAGCCUCAGUCCCUGCAGCCCCUCCCCCAGCCGCAGAGAUUCGCUCACUUCUACGAGCAGUCGCCCGCAGCCACCUACGAGGGCAUGAGUUUGCAGGUGCGCCCCGAGCGCUCGCCCUCCGACGUGCACGGUCACAGCCACCCGCAAGCGCACCCGCACACACACACGCACAUGUACCCGCUGGGCAUGGCAAAGGCCGGGGGUCUGCCAUUCCGCUCGCUGGCCACCAUGGGCGGGUGCCCAGCACCCCUGCCCUCCCCUCCAACACGCUCCAGCACAGGCGAGGGGACGUGUGCCGUGUGCGGAGACAACGCCGCCUGCCAACACUAUGGGGUGCGCACGUGUGAGGGCUGCAAAGGCUUCUUCAAGAGAACUGUUCAGAAGAAUGCCAAGUAUGUCUGUUUGGCCAGUAAAAACUGCCCAGUGGACAAGAGACGGCGAAAUCGUUGCCAGUAUUGCCGCUUCCAGAAGUGUCUGAGUGUGGGGAUGGUAAAAGAAGUGGUCCGUACAGAUAGCCUGAAAGGCAGGAGGGGUCGUCUGCCGUCCAAACCAAAGAGCCCCCUGCAGACGGAGCCUCCCCCCUCGCCCCCCAUCAGUCUCGUCAGCGCUCUCCUGCGCGCCUACACACACUCCACCCCCCGGGAGCUCGACUACAGCCAGUUUAGUGCUGUGGAGACAGUGGGUCUGUCCGAGGCGCAGCAGGUGCAGCUCUUCUACCGCUUGCUGACCUGCUCAAUGGAGGUAACGCGCGCCUGGGCUGACCGCAUACCCGGAUUCUCCGAGCUCAACCGAGAUGACCAGAACACGCUCAUCGACUCUGCCUUCCUGGAGCUGUUUGUUCUGCGCCUGGCCUACAGGUGGGUGCUGCCGGAGGAGAAGCUGGUGCUGUGUAAUGGCCUGGUGCUGCACCGGCAGCAGUGUCUGCGGGGCUUCGGGGAGUGGCUGGACUCCAUCCGCGACUUCAGCGCCAACCUGCAGAGCCUUGGACUGGACCUGACCACCUUCAGCUGCCUCUGUGCCCUGGUGCUGCUCACAGAUCAGUGUCCUGGUCUGAAGGAUCGGAAGCGUGUGGAGGAGCUGCAGAAUAAGGUCCUCUGUUCUCUGCGGGAUCACCUGGGCUUCGGCUCCAGUGCAGGCGGGGCGGCAGCAGGGAAAGCUCCCCCCUCGCUGAGCCGCGUGGUGGGGGUGAGGGCUGAGCUUCGGACCCAGCGGACCCAGGGCCUCCAGAGAAUCUUCUACCUGAAGCUCGAGGACUUGGUCCCUCCCCCUCCAGCCAUCGAUAGGUUCUUGGAUACACUGCCCUAUUAGAGCCCUUCGCUCGUUCAAAUGCAAAGACACGCCCACUUUUCCAGACGGAUGGUCCGGGGGGGGUGCCAUCAUCAGCAGAAUUAGCUGUGGACGACAGGACUUUUAUCUGGAAGGAGGUCGCACUACAAUGCCCAUGAUCUCCCAUAUACGCACACAGGACGUACAAUAUUGGUCGGAAAAAAAAACAAACAAACAAACCUACAACAACAAAACAAUCAGAACAUUUCUUAUACUUGGUACGACGGAGUGUGCGUGGGUGGGUGGGUAUGUGCACAGACAUGUGUUAUGAGUGUGUAGUUUGAGCCUAGACAGUGUGAAUCUGAUGUCACAACUCAAAUUCACACAAGCCCCUCUUCAUCACUCAUACUCAGACAGGGACCCCUUCUGCAGGAGACUACACAGUGUCUGUCCACGCGUGUGUUCUUGUACUGUGGCCCAAAACAGAACGCAACUCUCAGUUAUAAACACAUGCAAAUAAAAACGACAUACAAAAAAUGCCCACACACACACACUCACACACACUCACACACACACACACACACUCACACACACACAAACACACGUUCUUAGAGCAUAGGCAGAGAGGGUAGUGAACAGCUCCUGCGUAUAAGUGCAAUUUCUGAAGUGCUUUUCCCACAGGAUCACACUGCAAUUCCAGCUCUGUAGUUGACAUUAGCUGACAUAAAUACUAAGACUCCGUCCUUAGAGCCACUGCCCGCAAGGCCAAAGGUCGGGGCCAACCCCAGACAGCGCACAGCACUGAGCUGUGCCGCGCUAACCUUUCUACGACAACGGAGCUCCUCAGAACUUGAAUUUGCUGUAGUAUUUUUAUAUUGAAAAUAAGACGUGAAAUAAAAACGCAGAAAAAAUGUAGGGCUUCAAGACGACGGAACACCAGUGUGAGUCAGUGGGAGGGGGGGGUGGUGGCUGAGCACUUAAAGAAAGAUACAGAGACACGGAGAGAGGAAAAGAGGGAAAGAGGGAGGGGUGGAGGGAACAGAGGAGGGAGGAGAAAGAGACCGAACGAGAGAUUGGGAGCAAGAGGAGACAAAGGAGAGGGAGGAAGGGUGAAAAGAAGGGGUGAUACAUUCCGCAUUAAUAUGUCUUUUGUAUGUUUAUAUCAUUGAUGCCAUUAUUGCCAAUGAGGACUUUGUUGUUUUUGAUUUGUACAGAGGAAGAGGAAAAGGGUUUGUGCAUGGGUGUGUGUGUGUUUGCGCUUGCCUGUAUUUAUUGCAAAAAGACUGCGGCGCUGAGAGAACUCUUUACAGCCCACCCAAGACAGAUUCAAACUAUAUAAAUAUAUAAAUAUAUUACCACACAAAAAAAACGAAUAUUUUGAAGUGUUUAUAUCUGAUAGCCUUUUUCAACUAUUGUGGUACAACUUGUGCAUUAUUUUGUUUCUUUUUUGAAGAAGAAAUGGGGGGAAAAAUCCACUGUCUCUUGGUUUGGUUUUAUUUUUGUCUCUUUGUUUCACUGGAGGUUCUGCUCAGCACUUUGACAUGAUAAAAUAGUUUAAAUGAUUUCA